CUUCAACGCAUUUGAUUUGUUUGUUAGCCCAUUUCGGCGAAAGCGUAUAUAUAUUAAGAAGAUGCUUCCUCAUAAACUCACUCUAGAGCACACCUUUUCUCUUUAAUACCUCUCUCUACUAUAUACACCCCUACUCUAUCUUUGUCCAUGUCAACUACCGCUACCCCUCUGCCUCAGGUACCCAACCCUCAGGGCGGUGCAUCCCUCAUGAUCGCAAUGCAAUGCAAUAACAAAAAGGUGGUUGUCGUUGGCAACACUACUAUUGCCGCCAGCCGAGUACUGGCGUCUCUCGAAGCCGACGCUGCCGUUUCUCUCGUUGGACCCAUAGAAAACAUGUGCUCUGAACUCGUCUACCGUAUUGAACAAAAGCAAAUCCAAUGGCUCGGUUCUGACUUUGACGUUGCUUAUCUCGACGAGAACCUGGCUGAUCUCGUCUUUGUCUGUGUCUCCGAUCGUGCGUUUGCCACACCGAUUGCACAGGCUUGCCGUGCUCGGCGCAUUCCUAUCAAUGUCACUGACGCCAACGAUCUGUGCGAUUUCUUCAUGACGUCGACCUACCGCGAUCAAUCACUCCAAAUUGCGGUUUCGACCAACGGCCUGGCGUCCAAACUGUCGAACCGUAUCAGGCGUCACGUGGCUGCAUCGCUGCCAGCUAAUCUCGGUGAUGCUGUACGACGAGUGGGGUUGUUACGCCAUAAAGUACGUUGCUCGGAUCCGUCCUCAGCUGCUAGUGGUCGACGUAUGAAGUGGCUGGCUCAGAUCUGUGAAUACUGGAGCAUGGACCGAUUGGCGCAAUUGUCAGAUCGUGAUAUGGAGGAUCUGUUGGAAGCGUAUCACCAUGACGAAGGAUAUGAAAGUAUCGGCAAGUCGGAACGUUUGGCAUCACUUGGUGCUCCACCACGUCCUCAACAGCAGCUGCAGCAACAACCAGUAAUAAGCCAACAUGAACAACCAUUGAAGCAGGAAAAGCAAGGUGUCAUUACGUUGGUCGGUGCAGGUACCGGCGAUCCCGAUCUGUUGACCAUGGCUGCACAUAGGGCUAUCGAAGAUGCAGACUUAGUUCUGGCAGACAAGAUCGUACCAGCUGAAGUAGUUGCACUUGUCAAGUGUGAAUUGAAGAUUUCCCGCAAGUUCCCAGGCAAUGCCGAUGCUGCACAGGAGGAGUUUAACCAAAUGGCACUGGUUGCACUCAAGCAAGGCAAACGUGUCGUUCGCUUGAAACAAGGAGAUCCAUACUUAUUUGGCCGAGGUGGUGAAGAAGUUCUGCACUUUAGAAAGCUCGGCUACACUCCACAAGUCAUUCCUGGAAUUUCAUCUUCAUAUGCUGCACCGCUAUUGGCUGGUAUCCCUUUGACCCAUCGAUCUGUUGCAUCUCAAUUCCUAGUUACGACUGGCACAGGUGCCAAAAACUCUACAAUACCUCUACCAACUUUUGACGCACACCGAACCGACGUCUUUUUGAUGGCCAUUCAUCGCCUAUCAGCACUGACUCAAGAUUUAAUUGGAAAGCAAAAAUACCCUGCCGAUGUACCCUGCGCCAUUAUCGAAAGAGCAAGUUGUAAAGAUCAGCGGAUUGUGUGGGGUUCCUUGCAAAAUAUCGUUCAGCUGUUGGACAGUGUGGGUGGAAGUCGCCCUCCAGGACUUUUAGUGGUCGGGUAUGCUAUCAAUGUCCUCAAGGAAGAAACAAAGCAUGGAUCACAAGGCGUUGCAAGUACUUUCUUAUCUGACUUGGGAGGCGCUGACAACGUGUUGCAGUUGCAUGAUCCUGAAAGCGUAUGCUAAACCACAAAUUUACACCCAACAAAGCAUUCUGCAUCACAUCUAUCUAUACCCGGUUAUAUCCACUCUUCACGGCUAUCACAUAUAUUUGUUCUACCCUGUAUCAUACUUCAUCAUUUCAUCCCUAGGCGUUUGAGUCAGUCAUACAUCUACUACUCUUUGGAAAUAAAUUGUUCUGUACACUGUACUUAUUGAAUUCGAGGAGGAU